AUGAGCAUGAAGGGGACUGAAACUUUUAAUAGAUUGUGCUCCUACCGCAUGAUGACGGAUAUAAAUACCACUUCUGGUCGUGAUGGGCACUGCAAAGCUGAUGGAUUCACCAAUGAUUCAUUGACGAGAGCAACAAACGCAGAUGUAGUUGAAUGUCUAAUGGGAGUUAUUACAAAGAGCCAGGAAAAAAUAUCUUCCCCAGACAUCCCACAUCGUCGCAUUCAGAAACUUGUCGAAGAAUCACGCACUACAGAGCAGAAUUGCAUUCGAAGUCCCUUGCGUGAGAACCAUCACAUGAUAAGUACAGUGACAACUCUCAUGAGUGAUGAAGAGGACCAUUCUGAUGUCACGUCUAUAAAUUCGUUUGAAAGCUCUUCAAGCAAGGUUUACACGCCAAAUAUGUUUGUACCUCAGCUUGGGGUAGUGGGGUUGCCGUCACGAGAUGAAAAAGCCGGAGCUGGCGACACGACUUUUUCAGUUUGCGCUGCCUUAUCCGAAAGUAGCACGAUUUUCGACUCUGCAGACACCCUAGUAGGAUGCACCGAGGGGGACCCAUGCAUUAAUGAGUGCAUGAGCACACCCCAAACCUCCAUACUCUUAGUGGAGAAAGCUGAGAAAAGCCCCGAGACUUCACAUUAUGGUAGCUACAACGCUGCGCACAAAGCCGGCAAGGAAUCGUUUGGUUUCACUUUCAAGGAUAAAAAGCGUUUUUGUGAGUAUCCUCGGAUACCUUAUUGUCAUAGCUAUGUUGCUUGUUUCGUCGGUAAAGAUAUCUUACCUAGGCCAGGAAAUACCUUCAAGACGACUAUUCCAUUUUUGAAGGGUUAUAAUGAAAUGCAAACCAUGCAGAGCACUGAGGCGAUAGGCUACAGUGUUGCUCCUGUCGGGAACGCUCUGGAAGACGAGCAGGAGUCCAUAGUAUCUGUUUGCGUUUCUCCAUCAUCGACUGUCAACCAAAGUGUUUCUACUAUCCAAGCGCACGAUAUGGCUACUACCAAGCAUAUUCAACGUUGUAGUGCUGAUGAAGCCGAAGAGGAAGCGCGUUGCUGGAUCUCAUCACGGAGAACUGCAUUAGGACAACUAAGGGCAGAGAUGGCCAAAAACCAGGCUCAGACGUCACAGGCAACCCAUUUUGCCGCUUCCAAAUAUCAGCCUUCAGGAGAGAAACGAGGUAAGGAGGGUGACAACACCUUGUACCAGGCAAACACCGUGCACCAUCUCAAGGAUGUAGAUAGCACGUAUGAAACUCCUUCUAGAGGAGACAAUCGUGGGGAAGGCUCAACGCUCCCGCAUUCGAUGGACCUUAGUACUCAUAUGACCACUCUUUCGCCGCGGAAAGAUGCAAGGGUGGGAACAGUGCGGGUUUCUCCCCAUAAUUUCAGCAGUAUUAGUCAUAUUAGCAUGGAUGGAGCUAUCCACGAUGCUCCUUCUGUUGUCGUCGAGUGUUCAGAUCUCUUUCUUGACGAUAAUCUGAUGCCUCAUGAAGGAGUCCAGGAGUGUAAGGUUUUAUCUGAGUAUGAACAUCCCAUAGACUUGCUGGGUGCCACUUUUGAUUCCAGAUCUCGGCGUGUUGACACCGAUGGUGACCAUCGGAAGAGGAUACUGGUUUCUUCUGACCAGUCUUACCACGUACUUGCUUCCCCAUCACGAUUAGCUCAUGUGCCGAGCGGUGCCGACACCCAGUCCACGGGAUUUCAGACGUAUCGCCACGAGAAAUUAAAACGUGAGAAAGGUCAAAGGAACAUAGUGGAAUGCACAUUCCAUCCAAUUAUAUCUCCGGGCUCACAGGCCAUUAUGCAGGCUGCUGCCGCAGCAGCGCAGCGUUCGGCUAACAAAUGCUCUUCAACCUUGGAAGAAGAGGAAGGUCCGCUAAGGCCUGUGUAUGAACGUCUUUAUCCUGCGCAUCUAUCAGCAGAAGCGGCGAUCCGGCGCCAUAGUGAAGAAGAGGCCACUCAUCGUCAUGAAAUUGAAAAGGAACUUUUUCUACUCCGCCAGAGGUGCGGUGCGUCUUAUAACCCCAAACCGCUACACCACCAAACGUCUCGUUCUCACUCUGGCCGACAUAAACAAUUUGAAACCUUCGCUGGCUUUCUCAGCAACAUUUUUCAGAGUGGUUUGGUGUCCUUGUCACCUAAUAAUACGUUGAAAGCAGACCAACAUGUUGUCUUCGUGGAAAGCGCUUACCGCUCUCCAAUGGCAAUUGCCAUCGAGGAAGAAGAGGCCAGCCAAAGCCAGCGCGGCGCGAAGGUGUCAAGCACAAGGGACAAUCAAAAUGGAGUUUCUUCAUCUUUUUCCUCCUCGAUGAUGGAUAAAUAUUUUUCUGGACAAGACACGAUUUGUCAACCGCAUCGAGCUUGCGAUGCCAUUACGGAACGUUUUGCUGAGUUUCUGGAUCGUCAAAAUAUGCACCACGUGCGCCAUGAGCGCACUGUGAGUAUGCUGGAGAAGGAAAUGACACCGCAUUUCACACCACAAACUACCCUGAAGAGUGCCCGGUUGAUGCAGGACAUGAUUAAUCGCUCUGUUCUUCAUAAUUCAUCUGGGUCAAACACAUCAGAUUGGAUUCAGCGCUGCCGAGCUAAUCACAUACCUUUGGGGAGUGCAUUGGUUUCGAAGCACAUGUCAUCAUAUGUCAAUCCGUGUUCCUUUUCGCCUAGGGUGUCCUCUGCGGCGCGUACCAGUAGCCGCCACGAAUGUAGUCGUGAAAGCGAGCCAGCGCGCAAUAAAAAGGCUACUUUCCAAAGGCUUUAUGAGUCACACAAUCAUCUGAUUCAGGCCCGAGAGAUAGCCCGAAGGCGCGCAGAAGAGGAGAAGACAGCUGAAUGUUCGUUUAAGCCGGUCCUCAACACUCGAAAAAACGCUCAGGUAAGCUCGUUGCUGAAGCCUAAUGCCUACAAUCAACAUCGUGAGUACUUGAAGCAGAGGCGGGAGACACAAAUCAGAUUGAAGAAGGAAAUGGAGGCAAAAAAAAAAGACCAAGAGCUUGGUCCAUGUACUUUUAAGCCACAGGUCAGCAGAAAGCCUGCGUAUAUUUCUAAGAUGGCGUCAAGCUUUCGUCUUGUGCGACGGCUUAACAUAGAAUUUUAG